UUCAACUGAGAUGUUCCGGCAGGUGUUCUCCACGCCGCACGGCCUGGAGGUGCACGUCCGCAGGUCCCACAGCGGCAGCCGGCCCUUCGCGUGUACCGUCUGCAGCAAAACCUUCGGACACGCCGUCAGUCUGGAGCAGCACAAGGCUGUGCACUCGCAGGAACGAAGCUUCGACUGCAAGAUUUGCGGCAAGAGCUUCAAGCGCUCGUCCACGCUUUCCACGCACCUCCUGAUCCACUCGGACACUCGGCCCUACGCCUGCGCGUACUGCGGCAAGCGCUUCCACCAGAAGUCGGACAUGAAGAAACACACUUUCAUCCACACGGGCGAGAAGCCGCACAAGUGCCAGGUUUGCGGCAAAGCCUUCAGCCAGAGCUCCAACCUCAUCACGCACAGCCGCAAGCACAGCGGAUACAAGCCCUUCGCCUGCCACCUUUGCGGGAAAGGUUUCCAGAGGAAGGUGGACCUGCGCAGGCACAAGGACGCGCAGCACGGGCUCAAGUGACGGCGAUAGACGUCCAAUCGUGCGGCUAUGAGAAACUAAAUGAAAACACUUCAAAUGAGUUAAAAUUAUAUGUCAAUACAGAUGAAGAAAAUGAACAAUGUUGCCAUUUCUAUAACGUAAUAUCAUGAACAAUUAUUUUCCA